UUCUCGUGUGUUGCUUCACCUCCUCCAAACCCUAAAUUCAUCUUCACUUCCUCCACCGAAUCGUCUUCUUGUUCUAAACCCUAAAUUCAUCUUCACCUCCUCCACCGAAUCAAACCCUAAAAUCAAUCUUCAUGUCUCCUCAUUUCAACUUCGCGUGUGUUGCUUCAAAUCCCUAACUGAAAAUCUCUGUCUCUCACCUCACGCCGCUGUCAAAGAUCUCUCUGCUUCACUAAGAUCCUUCUUCUCAAUACAAAUCCUCCAUGAAUCUCUCUCAGCUGUGAUACAAAUCCUUAACCGCGCUUGGGAUCUCUCUCAUCUCACGCUGCCAUCAAAGCAACCACCACCACCACGAAUCUGAACAGCAUCAUAUGAAAAUGCAGCCCGGUUUAUUAAUCACAGGAAGUACCAGAGAAGACAUCUCUAUCUCUCAGGCCAGCAUUGAUGGAUCCAACUCUGUCAAUGAUGAAUUAAACUCUGUACUAAAUGAAAACAAAUUGGCCGUAGAAGAGGUUGAUGCAGGAAUGGGGUCAUUUGGAAAUGAAGAAAAUUCUGCUCCUAUUGGUGAUGGACAUUUGUUAGUCUCAAAACAAAAGAUUAGAGAGGGAGGGAGGUUUAAAAGGAAAUCUUCCACUGGCGGACAACUUACUGCUGAUAGCAUUGGCUUGAAUGUGCAUAAAAACAACACACUCACAACAUCAAUCAUUGCUGUGGGAGAUGAGAUUCUGUUGUCUAAGUCAAGUUUCAGUUUCUGAUCAUUGAGGAUGGUGCUGGUAUUGGCCCUGAGGGAUAUGCACAUGUUCUGUUGCAGCUACCAUGAAUGCUUAUAACAUGUUUGGACGCUGAAGCAACACUUGAUCAAGAAGAAUAUUAAGAAGGUGUGUUUUAUAUUAUCUAGCUAGCUAGUUCAUCAAACUUUUGUUGUUAUUUUGGGAUGACUCUUUGAGAGAAACUUGUGUUUAAUUUAGCUCUUGUUUUGAAUCUCAUGGUUGUUUUGAAUUUGGGAUGACAUCAAAACUUAGUAUCUAACUUAUUAGUGGCACUACAAAAAAAAACUUACUUUUGA